GUUCCAGUCAAACCUUCCCCUCCCUGCCAUCCUUCAGACGGAGUUCUCUGCUGCUGCCUGCAGGAUGACGCCUCUCUGCCCCCGUCUGCUGAUUCUGCUCUGCCUGGUUCUACCUCUGCACGGCCAGGAGAAGGGGAGAAGCAGAGGGUACCGAAAAGAUCCGGACGCUGACAAGUUUGGCAGCUGUCUGCAGGGUCCAGCAGGAACCCCUGGCAGAGAUGGUAACCCUGGAGCCAACGGCAUUCCAGGGACCCCGGGCAUCCCCGGUCGAGACGGGCUCAAGGGGGAAAAAGGCGAAUGUGUGAGUGAAGUGUUUGAAGAGCCCUGGAGACCCAACUACAAACAAUGUGCCUGGAACUCCCUGAAUUAUGGGAUCGAUUUGGGUAAAAUAGCUGACUGCACGUUCACUAAGCUGCGUUCAGAGAGUGCCCUCAGAGUGCUGUUCACCGGCUCCUUGAGACUCAAGUGUAAGGAGGCGUGCUGUCAGAGGUGGUAUUUCACCUUCGAUGGAGCGGAGUGCACAGGACCUCUGCCAGUGGAGUCCAUCAUCUACUUGAACCAGGGAAGCCCAGAGCUCAACUCCACCAUCAACAUCCACAGAACCUCCUCAGUUGAGGGACUGUGUGAGGGCAUCAAAGCGGGCCUGGUGGAUGUGGCGCUGUGGGUGGGGACCUGCGCCGACUAUCCCAGGGGCGACGCGUCUACAGGGUGGAAUUCUGUGUCCAGGAUUAUCAUCGAGGAACUGCCUAAAUAAAGGAGAUGAAAGGGAUGCUCCUGCCUUUGUAGUGUAGGAGUGUGUGAUCUGGCUGUCCAAAAGCAUCAGGUGUGCUCUGCCGGAGCGCCGCUGAUAACUGGAACCGUUCCGUUUUAAAACUGCACAAGCUGGCAAAAUACCAUCACUGAAAGGAACUGGGUACUGUACUUGUUUGGACUAUACUGCACCUUUCUGCUUUGAACCAUGUACUCAGUGAUGUGUUCCCAUGAAUUAUUACUGAUAAUAAAGUUCUCUUUUUUAA